AUGGGAAGGAGUUCUAAAAAUGUAAAAAACCUGGCCGCUGAAAAAUGUCUGACACCGUUAAAAAGACAUCUAAAUGAAAGUGACCUUGACUCGUAUUAUAGUCAGCCCGCAGAGUGGUUUGAAGACAAUACUAUCAACAGUAACAACAAAGGUUCUGCGCAAAAAAUUGUCCUGAGUGAUUGUCAUGGUGACACCGACAGUUCAGACAACGAUGACGACGAUAUGAAAAUCCUGGAUACAGACACUGCUUCAUGGAAUACCAUCACUGAUACCACAUUUAAUCAGAAAAUUUACAGUGUUGAUAAUAUUUGCAAUGGUCAUGGAACAGUGUUACUCAACACAGAGGCUAUUGUUAAUGAGGUUGUUAGAGAUAUAUUCCAAUCAACAGAAUACACUCAGGAUGGAAAACUGACUUUACAAGGCUUCCACAAAUAUGUGCAUAAAAGCUCAAAAAUUCCUACUUCCUUAUUUAAAUAUGCGGCAUACAAACCCCCUAAACAGUCUGAAGACCAAUCACAACCUACCGUGGUUGUAGAGGAAGCUUGGGAAAGCUCACCCUCCAACGAGGAUAGUGACUUCACCGAUUCUUCCGUGGGUAAAGUUACCAUAAUUGUCAACAAGGCAGCCGAGAAGUUGGGUUCAACCUCAUCACCCACUAGUCAGACUCAUAUCUGGACCAAUGUUUUCCCCGAAAAUAUCAAGACCCCGUACACACGAAGUAAACAUGCAGCGUGCGUACACGAAGGCAACGUUUACUUAUACGGUGGCAGAGACGUAAACACUACGCUUAAAGAUUUAUGGAAAUAUGAUUUUAUAGUUAAUACGUGGACGUUACUGAGGUGUCCCGGCGAUGUACCGCCUGCCCUCCAAGAGCACACCAUGGUAUCAUAUAAAGAUUGCAUUUACAUUUUUGGUGGCGAGUUUGGUUUCUGUAGUUCUGACGAAACGCCGCUAUGGAUUUUCAACACUACAGAGAAGCAUUGGAGGAAGCAUACUGUGGAGUGUGAGGUGGAGAUUCCGUCAAGUCGUCGUGGUCACACUGCAGUAUUAUAUAACAGUGCUAUGCACGUCUACGGUGGCUAUAUUGAUUUGAAAGGAUCAACCAAUGAACUGUGGACAUUUGAUUGUGAGAGUAAAUCAUGGCAUGUGAGCUAUGAUAUGGAGGAAUCCCCACCACCCAGACAUUGUCAUAGUGCAGUGGUACAUGAUAGAUGUAUGUGGGUCUAUGGAGGACUUACUAACUUGACAACAAGGGGUGAUCUCUGGAAGUGGAAUUUUGAUACUAGGAAAUGGAGUCGCAUUCGUUAUCGUCAAGGCCCUGGUGAACUCCAUGGCCAUUCUGCUGUCAUGGUAACUAAUGGGAUGUUGAUAUUUGGUGGUGAAGAUGGCGACAGGAAUAUGAAAAAUGAACUCUGGAAAUUUGAUUUUGAUUGCCAAACAUGGCACAAGAUCAGCUGUUACAACCAAAUCUUACCACCCCCAAAAAGCAGACACAUUACUGUAGCCAUUCCAACCUUGAGUAGCCAAUCUCCUCACUCGGACAGAGCACGCUCAGUGCCUAAUCUGAGGAGACACAAACCAUCUAUGGAUGCCAUCAUAGAGGAAGCUGAGGAUAAAUUGAAACGGCCGUAUUCCUCACCGCCGUCGUUCCAAUCUCAAGAGACUCACUACUUUAAGGCCAAGGUCUAUCCAUUAUCACCAGAUAAAGAGCCGGACGUUGAACCUCUGGGCUAUCAGAACAAAUCUUUUAUUGAGGAACAAAAGAAUUAUAAUGUCCAAAUUUUGAAAGUUGAAUGCGAGGAUAAUGUUACGGAGAGUACUACGCCAUGCAUUAUAGAUGAAAUUAUUGAUUUAGAAGACCAAUCAGCAGGUGAAGUAAUUACACAUGUGCAAUUGUCGGAUGAUCGCCGGCAUCAAAAGUUAUAUGAGAACAAUAAGCAGAGUGAUACUACGAAAGAGUGUGAGAAAUUAUUAUGCACAAACUACGACUGUGAAGUCCAAGAAAUUACUCGGCAUCAUGAUAACCCAAAUGAUACUACGCAUCAGUUGAGAAAUCAACUCGUUUUUAAAAAGCCGCUGACACACCCUGUCUCUGUUCCUAUACCUGGAGUUAUCAGAGCAGAACAGAAAGCGUCUAGUAAGGUUAUGGCAAGUAUUACACAGAUUGAUGAGUCCAAAGUGGAUGUAUCUGACAAAGAGCCGUUAUUGAACCUUGAUGGAGAAUGCUCUGGAGAAUUUUCUAAAAAAACACUCCAGGCAAAUACAUGGGUACAAGGAUUUACAAAUGACCCAUCCAGCCAAUCAGAAUCACUGUCUCGUCAUCCUGGUAUCCAAUCAGAUCUGACGACACAAAGUCUUUUGAAAUGUAGUCAUAACUCGGGUGUGACGUUGGAAGAGAGACCAAAGCUUCAUGGAAGGUCAAGAACACUACCACUACCGACUGAUUUAGUUCAUAUUACCUCAAAUAAAUUGCCAAAUACUGAUCAUUUCAUUGUCUCAGGUCGAUGCAAGGAAGAAACAAAUAGGACUGAGAAAUACCAGGUACUAUGUGAUCUACCACAGUUACCCACUUUUAACCUAGGAAAUGGCAACCUGCUUGGUUACUUUGGCACUUAUUACCGGUGCCUGUAUGUACAUAUGUAUAAAAAGAAUUCUUUAAUUUUAGACGAAGCAAUGAUUUUCUUUUAUCAACCGACAGGUCAACCAACGGCGCAACAAAUUCAUAGGCUGCUUGCAGAGACAAACUGA